UGCUUUGUAUUGUAGGUGGCACUAGGCGAACCCUUUACCCUGGAAGUACUCGACAUUAGUAAUGGUUUGCUGAUUCCGUUUUAUGAUCCCGAUGUCAACUUGCUUUACCUCUGUGCCAAGGGAGACAGCAACAUACGAUACUUUGAAAUAACAGAUGAACCACCAUUUGUACAUUACAUCAACACCUACCAGUCAACAGUUCCUCAGCGUGGCAUGGGAAUGAUGCCAAAACGAGGCUGUGAUAUCAAACAUUGUGAAAUAUCAAGAUUCUAUCGAUUACAUACCAGUGGUUUCUGUGAAAUUUUGUCAUUUACUGUGCCUAGAAAGUCUGACCAGUUUCAGGAUGAUCUUUAUCCCAAUACGAUGUCUGAUGUUCCAGCUAUAUCAGCUGAAGAAUGGGUCGAUGGUAAAGAAGCAGAACCAAUCUUGGUAUCUCUCAAAGAAGGUUUUGUUCCCAGCAGAAAACAGGAGUUUAAAGUAACAAAGAAGUCAAAUAUCUUAGAUAAGAUGCCCAAACAAUCAGCACAAGCUGCUUCAGCUGCGUCUCUUUCUCAUGGUAUAGUUAAGGCAAACUUAGCCCUUCUUCAGGAUAAGAAAAUGGACGAACUGUUAGAGGAGAUGAGGAAAAUGAAAGGAACGUUAAUCAAGCAUGAACGUCGUAUUAGAGAAUUAGAGAGGAAGAUGGAAACUCCAUUAGCAUCAAAAGAGCCCUCACCUGGUCCAGUGGCACCUCCAACACCUCCACCUUUUAUCAGUGGUAAUGGUGUCAUACCAGAUGAAGCGUAAAGUGUCAACAAUUCACAAUCAAGUGUUGUUGUUGUUGUGUGUACAUCAGCAAUAUAAACACACCAACAAGUAUAUAAAAAAAACAGGGAGAACAUAAAAUGGUUCUUAACCAUCAAUUACUGUAUGUGUGGGUAAUGUGAAUGGCCAGUUGCUCAUAAAGGGUGUGUGAAAUGUCAGAGCUAUAUCAGUCAAUGUUCUGAAGUUGGGAGUUUAAAAAUCUCUCAUUCAGAAGGCCAAAGCCUGUUUCCACACCAUAUUAGAUACUUGUAUGAUAAUGCCAAGGGUAGAUUUUCUUUUUCAAACUAACCAUUCAAAAAAUCCACUUCCAUUUCUCUUUUACUGAAGCAUUUCCUUACAGGCAACAAAUUUUCUUUAUUGAAACUAUAAAUUAGAUUAUGACAAAUCGGUGUUAAAGUAUUUUGAACGUAAUUAAUGCCUGUUGCUCGGUAACAUUGGUUGUGACUAUGAGCUUUCUGGUUUUAUACAUACUAAAUACAUGAGCUGAAAAUACUGCAAACGUUACUGUUUGGACGAUGUAUUAUCAUUUAGCACUUUAUAGAAAAGUAAAAGGUAAUUUAAAAAGCUAUUUCAAAUAAAAAAAAUCAGAACCAAAGUUUUGCAUUAGAAAAAAAAAUAAAUCUACCUCUUUUGAACUUCUUAGGGACAAACCAAAGCAUGUGACGCAGUAAUGUGGUAUUUAAUCUUUCUUACUUUGUUUCACGGCACAAUGUGGUGUGGAUCUGAUCCACGAGACUCGGCCGAACCAACUCCCUGGGUUAUUAUUUAGUAUACAUUUGUUGUUUGUGUACAUAUGUGGUGAUUCUACGGCACAUAUUUUUUAAAAAACAGAUUUACCUUUUACUUUGCACAAACUAUAUUUACACAAACAACUUGUUCAUAUAUACAUAUUUUAUUAUGCAAAUCGUGUAGGUAGUUCCUAUGUUUGUCGCUUUUAGACAGAUAGAAAAUUUUAACAAGCACGUGUAAGGUAGUCUUGGUUUAACGACAGAAUCAAAGUUAUCAUACCAAAUCCAGAUUUUAUUAAUUUGUAUUCUGUACUCUGUUAGAUGUUGGUGUCUUUAGCCUUCAAAGAAGCUAAUUGUACAAGGAUUGUUGUAGGGCUAAAAUGUGAAAUGUGUUUCACGUGUUUUGUUCAGUGCCUCGACAUUUAAUAUAACGUAUCAAAAUUGAUCUCGUUUUAGUGCUGGCAGUUACUCGAUAUAUUGUAGCAUACACACUCGUUAACCUUUUUAUCUGGUAUUAUAAGAUUCUGUGUAACAGAAGUUUACAUGCCAAGUAAUCGUUAAUAUUUGAUUUUAUAAACUUCAUCAUUUACUUUUACAAUUGCCCCUCUAGUGGCACAGCAGUAUGUCCGCAAACUUACAAUGCUAGAAACUGGGUUUCAAUAGUCGUGGUGGGCAGAGCACAAAUAGCCCAUUUUGUAACUUUGUGCUUAACUUUAAACAAACCUCUACCAUUGUUAUUAUGUUGAAAAUUCUUUGUUUACAAAAAUCUUUUACAUACUCUACUUUCAGUUACUACAUACAUAUUCAUUAAUACUCAUUCAACGUUAUCAGCACGUAGCGUGGACGAUUCGUUAACUACGAAGUUGAUCAGAGUAUGCUACUGAAUCGUUGAUGUUUCUCAGUCCAGGGGUAGAAAGAUAUAUUUAAAGGUGAUUUGACACCUGCUGCAGGUAGAGGAAUCAAGAUAAAAAGCUCGGAAGUAUUCUGGUUAAUGAGCUCAAACCAACAUUAUAAUCACGUGUUUUGAAUGUGAAUAGUAAUAUGUUUUAGAAAUUGCAUAAAUAUUCCUUAUGACUUUAAAUGCUACUUACUGAUUCUGAUAAAUGUUUUAAAGUACUAGAAUUUAACAAAAUAACUACUAGAAGCUAACUUCAAAAAUAAUCAGAUAAUGAACAUUUUUAUCACUGAAAAGAAUGUCAAAUGGAUAGUCUAGUUUAUCCACAUCCCUAAAAAAAAAUACACCAAAAGAUUAAGUUUCUGAAGUUACAAAAAGUGUUAGUUCUCCAACCUUGGGUUCCAGGCUCAAUGUUUAACAAUGUUUUAUAUCUUUUAGUAUUGAUCACACUGUAGGGUGAUGAACCAAACUGAAACCACUUUUUUUUUUUCUGUUAUUACAAAUAUACUUUUGUUUUUACUUCAAAAAAAAAAACA